GAGCAACUCCGAUUUCAAGAUGGAGCAAGAGGAGAUAUGGGUGGCACGUCACGACUACGUGAAGGAGCGAGACGAUGUGCUGUCUUUUCAUAAAGGAGAUCGCUUCAAAGUGAUGUCUAAAUCAAACGAUCAGUGGUGGGCUGUCAAGAAUCUAGCAACAUACGACGUGGGCUAUGCACCGGCAACGUAUCUUGAGCUGGUUGAUGAUGCUACUCAAGCUUGUAAAUCAAUAGAUGACGAUGAGCCAAAUACGGUAGACAUAAGGAAGAAAUUGUUGCAGGUAACACAACGUCAAGAGCCACCGAACGCCAAAGUUGUCUUUCCUUCUAGUAAGGAUGAUGUCGUUGAAGUUCUUCCUAGAAAAGUGUCUCAUCUCUCGACAUCUACUAGCCACAAACAUCUUCAUAAGGAACUUCAACUUAGCAACAAAUUAGGUGGAACUAAACAGCUUGGGAAGCCAGAGUUGCAAAAGGUAAUGGACAGAAGACGACCUGACUCUGAAGGGCGGCCAGGAACAAUAACUGGCAAGCCAAGAACACAAGAAAAUUUAGGCGACAAAGAACUUGCAAGUAGGCUAACACGACAGUCAAAGAAAUUGGAGUUGGCUAGUGAAUCAUCAAAUAAUGAAGCUAAGAAACCAGAAUUUAUGAAGAUUGCCCUGAACAAGAUAAAGUCCAGUACUGAGUGACAUACAAUGGCUUUCUUGUUUGCUGAUCAGGUGUGCUGUAGUGUAGUUAAUUAAGGCUGCUUGAAGUAAGUUAAUUGACCAGGUUUUAUUUUGA